AUGCAUCUCAGCGCUGUUGUGCCUCUGGGUUUGGCGGCGGUGGCUGCUGCUAGCUCCGGCUGCAGUGCGCUGCACAGGUCUCUUCCCAGCAGUGUAUUCGCCAAGGGAUCAAGCGUCUACAACUAUGAGGCGCAGAACUUCUGGUCUAACACCGAGAUCAUGUCUCCGGCGUGUGUGUUCCGCCCGCAGUCGAGUGGCCAGUUGGCCAAGGGGCUGAAGGCGUUGGUCCAUGAAGAGGCUCAGUUUGCCGUUCGUGGUGGCGGCCACAUGGGCAUCCGGGGGUCAAAUAACAUCGACGGAGGCGUCCUUGUUGUGAUGUCCAACUUAACCACUCUGCAACUCAACCAGGACAAGUCGCUGGUGUCGGUUGGUCCUUCCCAUCGGUGGAGUGAUGUCUAUUCGUAUCUCGGCCAGUUCAACCUAACUGCUGCUGGAGGACGUCUUGGCCCGGUCGGGGUACCUGGCCUCCUGCUUGCCGGUGGUGUGAAUUUCUACGGUAACCAAGUCGGCUUUUCUGCCGACACUGUGAUUAACUACGAGGUGGUCCUGGCCAAUGGAUCGGUCAUCGAGGUCAAUAAGAUCUCCUAUCCCGAUCUCUUCUGGGCCCUGAAGGGUGGCAGCAGUAAUUUCGGUCUAGUAACCCGUUUCGAUAUGCAAACUAUUCCAUCUCGCAAGGUUUGGGCUGGUAUCCAUACCGUCGCGGCGCCGUAUGUCGAUCGCUUCUUACAGGCCUCUGCAACCUUUGCGGCCAAUAUCUCCGACAAGAAGACGCACGUCGUGCCCGCGCUCAUUGCUGGAAACAGCACCCUGGGUUCCGUCAUCCUGUUCUACGACAGCGACACCAUCGCCUACCCAGAGAGCCUCAAACCAUUCACCGACAUCCCCGCCAUCAGCAGUACCGUUGGCUUCAAAACCAUGUCGGAGUUCGCCGCCGAGACCGGCGAGGCCGUUACCCCUCAUAUCAACGAUGUCUUCGUUGCCGGAACAGUAACUGGUACCAACUACAAUGAGCUGCUGCAGGGUAUCAGCAUCAUCAACACGACUUUCUUCAACGAGCUCCCCAAGCUCUAUGCCCAGGUCCCCGCUGCCAACAUCUCCAUCAUCGAGCUGGACUGGCAGCCCAUCGGUGCGGACUGGAUCAAGGCCUCUAACGCCCGUGGCGGAAACCCCCUCGGCUUCGACGAGGCCAAGGUCUACCUCUGCUAUGCGGAGGUGGUGGAGUGGAUUGGAUCUGCGUACGAUAAGAUCGUGGCUUCGUGGGUUGAGGAGACGACCUAUGCGAUCAACAACGCCACCCAGAAGGCUGGCCUCUACGACCCGUUCAACUACAUGGGUGAUGCGGCUGGGUUCCAGUCGAUCUUUCCCGGGUAUGGUGCUGAGAACCACCAGAAGCUGGUGUCAAUUGCCCAGAAAUAUGACCCGACGGCCGUCUUUCAGAGCUUGAUGCCUGGUGGAUUCAAGGUCUACUAA